AUGUCGGUCUCCGAGCUGAGCGUCUUCCGGUGGCUCCGGGAGGGCAGAGAGUCGCGCCGGUUAAUCCUGCUCAUCGUUUACAUCGCGCUGCUGCUGGAUAACAUGCUGCUCACCGUGGUCGUCCCCAUAAUCCCCAGCUACCUCUACACGCUGACACAUGAAGCCAACGGAAGCGACCCCCACGGGGGUCCGAGUGGGCCCACCGCUGCCAGCGGCUAUCAGAUGAUUUUCUCCUAUUAUGACAACACGUCCUUAAUCAUUAGUAACGGCACUCGGGGCUCGGAGCUGCCCGGACCACAUGGGAUCCCGACCCAACCACCCGGCGUCUCCACCGCGGCUGCCCCGUCCGACUGCCCCAAGGCCGACUCGACUCUACUCAAUGAAAAUGUCAAAGUUGGCUUAUUAUUUGCUUCCAAGGCUACGGUUCAGCUGCUGACAAACCCGUUCAUUGGCAUCAUGACCAACAGGAUCGGCUAUCAGAUCCCGAUGUUCGCCGGGUUCUGCAUCAUGUUUCUGUCCACAGUCAUGUUUGCGUUCUCGGGGACAUACUCGCUACUCUUCAUCGCUCGCGCCAUGCAGGGAGUUGGCUCGUCAUGUUCUUCUGUAGCAGGUAUGGGCAUGCUGGCCAGCGUUUACACCGACGACGAGGAGCGCGGGAACGCCAUGGGGAUUGCGCUGGGCGGACUGGCCAUGGGCGUUUUAGUGGGGCCGCCGUUCGGAAGCAUCCUCUACGAGUUUGUGGGGAAGACGGCGCCGUUCCUGGUGCUCGCGGUGCUCGUCCUGUUUGACGGAGCCCUGCAGCUGUUUGUCCUGCAGCCUUCCAGAGUCCAGCCCGAGAGUCAGAUGGGGACCCCGCUCUUCACCCUCCUCAAGGACCCUUAUAUCAUCAUCGCUGCAGGCUCCAUCUGCUUCGCCAAUAUGGCUAUCGCGAUGCUGGAACCUGCGCUGCCCAUCUGGAUGAUGGAAACCAUGUGCUCGCGGAAAUGGCAGCUGGGUGUCGCCUUCAUUCCCGCCAGUAUCUCUUACUUCAUCGGGACCAACAUCUUCGGGGUCCUCGCUCACAAGAUGGGAAGGUGGCUCUGUGCGUUCAUUGGGAUGUUACUGGUGGGAAUAAGCAUUCUAUGUGUCCCUUUUGCCAAAAACAUCUAUGGCCUCAUUGCACCGAAUUUUGGCGUCGGAUUCGCAAUCGGGAUGGUAGACUCCUCCAUGAUGCCGAUUAUGGGAUAUCUGGUGGAUCUGCGCCACGUUUCGGUCUACGGCAGCGUUUACGCCAUCGCGGACGUCGCUUUCUGCAUGGGAUUUGCGUUGGGUCCAUCUGCGGGGGGCGCCAUCGCCAAGUCCAUUGGGUUCCCCUGGCUGAUGACUAUUAUUGGCAUCGUGGACAUUCUCUUUGCCCCCCUCUGCUUGUUUCUCCGAAGCCCACCUGCCAAGGAGGAGAAAAUGGCGAUUCUGAUGGAUCACAGCUGCCCAGUAAGAACGAAGAUGUACACGCAGAACACGUCGCAGGCUUAUUACGCGGCCGAGGACGAGGAGGAGGAGAGCGAUGAAUGAUCGGCGCCGGCGGCUCCGCUUCCCGUUCUAACGAAUCUCUUUUUAGUUCUAUCGAUUUUUAGUUUUAAGCCAAAGGUACUUUGAUCUCCAGCAGCUUUUCAUGUUUGGCCGCAGAAACUUUGAGAACGGACCUUCGGCUGUCAGCCGACUUCAACUCCCAGAAGCCUCAGCCGACAGGAAAGCGAGCAGAGCCUGGCUUAUGGGAGUUGCAGAGAAAGCGGCUGAUGCGCUGUGAAAAUACAUUUAAAACAAGCGGGUUUCAUAUAUUUGAAAUCAUAUAUCUGUGAUAAUCAAAGGGUUAACAUCCGCAGGCUGUCCUCACACUUAC